AUGGCAUGUCCAUCUUUUAGAGUACAGAGCUCGUUAGUAGAACAUGGUGGCUUGCUAGAUCGAGGAUACACACGGUGGCUGUCGGCACGCGCUAAGAUCGGAUAUUGCGCCGUAGGAAACAUGAACGCACCAGCUACGCUUGAAGAUCUAUACAGGCCUGGUGGCGAUUGUAGAAUGAACCAUGUACCCCACGAUUGCAACGACCCGCAGUGGAGGUGGGGACAAGCUCAGCGUAAAAGUUGGUGA